CCCGAAGCCGUCCGAUAAAAAUCUAGGGGCUAAUCCCCUCUCAUAUUAGCCACCUACUAUAUAUAGUGGGCAGCCCCUAACCAAAUCAGACCAAACCCUAAAUUUUAGGGAGAUGUCCCAUCCAUCAAUCCCCAUGCCGCCGCCACCUUCUCCACCUUCCUCGUUUUCCCCAUCGAGCCAACCACCAGCCAGAUCCAUUCCAGCCCGCAGCUCCCCUUCUCCACCCUCGAAUGAAGAUCCAAGGGAUCUCCUCGUGCCAGCCAGGGCCUUCGGGCAGCUUCCCUCGCUCUGGAUCGGGCUCCCCAUCUCCCGAGCACCUCCUUGCCGCGUCGCGCCGGCCGGCUGCCGAUGACCCGAGACCAGGCGCCCUGUGCCCGCGACCCUCGCCCGAGCCGGCGACCUCCAGCAGCAGCAGCUCGUCCGGGUCGCCUUCUCUUCCCCUGGUUUUCUCUGCUCCCUUUCUUCUCUUCUAUCUCUCUCUAACCUCUCGUGCUCUCUGUUUCAUGCCAUGGCACCGUGCCUCAAUCCGCCAAGGCCACCACCGGAGCAAGCAGCACCUCCUUCACCUAGGACUCCCAGCGCCCGUAGCUCCUUCCCGUCGUCCUUACGCUGCCUCCAGGACCCACAGAAGCCUCGACUCACCAGCGACCAGGAGCCCCUCGAGAGCCCGAGGUCUCCUGCCUCCCCGAUGCCCGCUUCUUCAUCAUCUUCCCGUGCUCCUCCACCUCGCCUCGUCGUCUCGUGACCGGCCUCGCUGCCGGCGACCACGGAGCCUGAAGCCCAAGCCACCGGCGGCCUUCCUCGCGCCUGGAUCUGGAGUUGCCGCCCCGGAUCGACCUGUCCCGCGCCCGUCGUCGCCUGGCGCCGCCAAGUCCCGCUCCCGCCUCUGUUCAAGAGGAGGAGGCUGCAGUCGCAUAGCCGCGUUGACCACUCCUCUGCUUCUGCUCGUCCUGCGUCGCCAGUCCGUCCCCGCGCGGCCCAGUCCGUCCCGGCCUACCUCUCCACCGCCUGGGCCAUGGCCCAUGGUGAGAAACCCCCAGCGCCCAUGUCCUGUUCUGGCCUGUAGCUCUAAUUCGGCCCGAUAUGUUUUUUCCUGGUCCUGCGAAUUUUGCCAAUUAUCCAGAGAAUUACCAUUUUGCAGAAAAGUCCCUCAUGUUCAUGCAUAUAAUAACUCCACAACCGUGCAUCAUAUGUAAAAACUUCAUAUAUGAAAAAUGUCUAGAAUUUCAUCUAGUUUCAUAAUAUGCUGCUCUCAUCCAUGUUUAAAAUGUUUAAACUUGCUGUUUAUUUAAUUUUGCAUAAAUAGCAUGUUAAAAUGAAUUAUUUCAUAUCUUAAUAACCGUAGCUCUGAAUUUAAUAAACUUUAUAUGUAAAUGGGGUAGAAAAAUGCAUAGAUUAACAUGGUGCACAUUGUUUUACUGUUUAAUAACAUUAAAAGAUGUUUUAGGGCAGAACAGUA